UUCUAUUCUUACUUCGGGCGAUCAACAGAGCAGGUUCAAGUUUACGGCAUUCUAUUCGAGAUGGUUAAUCAAAAUCUUAACUUACAAAGAGAGGAAACCGUAUGGUAAUUUAAAAUGCUGCUAAAACUUCUGCAUAAUUUAUGUUCUUUGGAAAUCACAUGGAGACAGAGUACAUCGAGUCAGAAGCGACAAGCCCACUCAUGGCUUGCCCGUGUGCACUGAAGCUAUUCGAAGUAAUUCGGGCGACAAUUUGAGCAGGGAUAACAGCAUUUUAUAUAAGCAUAAUGGAUAUUGAGAACGAAAUGUUAUUGGAACGGCUUGCGGUUGCUGCAAGUUGUAUAAAGAAAGAUGGGCGUAACCCGAUGCCAGACGAAAAUUCACUGAUAGCCCCAUUCUGUGAGAUUACCGAAAUGAUUCUUCGAAGGGGCCUUAAACGUGGGUUGGCAAUCAUCGGCUUAAAAGAUUGCGACUAUUGGAACUUCUUGGAAGGAUUUUUGACGUCAACAAAGAUAGAAAAAGGACUGCCAUCACCGAUACGAAAUAUCAUUUCCAUUAUCCAGCAAUCUGACAAGGUCCACACUAGCACUGGCCGUGGGCGUUUAUUCAUCCGAAUCGCCCUUGUAAAAGAUUGUCUUGCAGCAACGAUAGAAUAUUUGCUUCAAAAUCCCAAGUAUAUACGGUACUGGUACAACGAUGAAGCAGCAUUUUUGGACAAAAAUCACACAGAAUGCAUAAUUGGAAUUAUCAAGACACUGAGUCACAUAAAAUUUUCUCUGCGAGUAACCGUUUGCAGUUUUCUCCACGAAGAUUGGAUUAUACCUAAAACAAUGAAGCUCGAUUUGGUUCCCAGUGAGAAACUGGGUGUAACUGUCUUCUCUAUUCAGUCGAAGUGUGUUGUUGCUGCUGUUCAGCCUGGAAGUGUAGCGAAUGAGAGUGGCCUAGCUCCAGGUGAUUGUUUUGACGAGUUUUGCGGGAUAUUUAUCACCGAAAGAUUGGCUUGCCAGAUGUCUGCGAUUCUGAAAGCCAACAAAGGCCAACCUAUUUGUGCAGUAAUAAUCAAGGGUACAUUUUCUGAUGGUCGAUGGUUCUCUCCGCUGCAAAGACGGUUUAAACUCACAGACCUUAGCAAAAUUGAUCUACCAAUUGCAAAAAGCGAAACAGAGAAAGAUAUAUUGGAAUCGAGGUCUCGAUCGAAGUUUGACGUUGUUUAUAUCUCAUCUGUGGAUGUUGGAAAGAAUGGGAGUUCAAAGAUCGUACAAAAUGGCAUUAAAAAAGCUUUGGAAGAAAUAAAUGGCGUAGAAAGCACAUCGCAGGAAGCUACAAUAACUUUAUUGGAAAGAGAUAUAUUAAUGGCAAAAAGGAAAAGCGGGGAAAGCAUCGGCAAAUAUUCGUAUACAGAAACAUCAUCUUGCGGUUUAGGAGAAGAUAAAAGUUACUUUGGGUUUAUAACUGGGGACACAACCUGCUCCUUUGCAAGCAAAUUUGUCUGUCACGUGUUCAGGGCAACGGACCCAGAAAUGGCCCAAGACAUAAUAACUGGAAUAGGAAGGGGGUUCAACCGAACAUUAUACUGCGUGUGAGUGUAAUUUCACAUCGAAGAGACCAAGCCAUUAAAACACGAUAGCUUCACAGAACACAAUUUGAUGCAAGUUGCAAAAUGAAUCGUUUCUGGAAUGGAAUGGUCGUUUUUGGGCAAAACAGUGCCCAAAAGCAAUACAAUUGAGUUUAACUCAAAACUAUUCUAUAAUAUACUAUCAAAUGUUGGACAAUUGUAAGUUCUUUGGUUCCACGAGGAAGUAAAUAUUCGUUGAAAAGAAAAAUAUUAAAGAUUAAGUUAUUGAUUAACCUUAAUUCGACAUUUUUGCACUUGAAAUAAGGGACAUUGCAGAUUUGCUAUACUGGAUUGUAAAAUCAGUUAUUGUAUCUGAUCAAAUCAUAUGAACAAAUGCGUUUUGAAGCCAGAAAACGUAGCUGAAUUGAAAUCUUACCGUCUAUAUUUAUAUUUGUAAAUAGUAAAACACAAAAAUUCCUCAAAGACAACCCUACCUAGGCAUCUCUUGAUGAAUCGUGAUGACUUUAUUGUACAAUCUACUGUAUAGAGUAUUAAUAAAUUGUUUUAGAGUAAAUUUGCUUGAUUUUAUGAAAUGAGUGGAUUAAACAGAAGCUUUAUCAAAUACCUCUUUUUCAAACCUUUUGCCAUCUAAGGGUGCUCUUCUGCGAAUGUUCAAACUUGUUGGCAAAUAAAGCAUGUCUCAUUCAUUUUGUUGGUAAACGAGGCCUAAACACCUCCCUAUAGCGAAAAGGCUAGCAAUCGCACUUCUUACAUCCUUAUAAUUUAAGAAAAUAUUAAGAACAAUCCAGUCUCAAAUUUUCGAAAAAUAAAGAACAGCAAGCCUGGACUUCAAUUGACUAGUUCGCAUAAAAUGGUUCUUAAGAGUGUAAAAACUUAAAAAUUUGAAUCUUAUUGGAUGAUCUAGAGUAAAAAUAGGAGUGUGAU